AUGAAUUACAGCACUGCGUGGUGGACAUGCGCGGAGUUGCAGCGAAUAUGGCGGCAUGCAUCUGAUAGAAAGUGAGGAAUCUCCCAUCAAAAUACCCAGUUUAAACGUGUCUGUGUAGGGAACAGCCUGUCUGACUUCAGCUCCUCUGCAGCUGCACGUUUAACUUUGGUCAUCAUGGGCCGGACACCACACAGAGAUCAAAAAGAGGAGAAAGAGAGACGAAGCAGCAUCACAGCAGGAUCUCCCCUCGACAAAUCUAAUGAACCGUUCAGGUGGGAAGACUAUCUGAGAGAAACAUCCUCUACUGCAGCGUCACCUACUUGCUUCAAACAGUCCAGAGUCCCCCCCUCCAAUGACUUUAAAGCAGGUAUGAAACUUGAGGCACGGGACCCUCGCAACUCUAACUCUGUGUGCAUUGCAACGGUGAUGGGCAUGAUGGGUACUCGUCUACGCCUGCGUCUGGAUGGAAGCGACAACACCAAUGACUUCUGGAGACUGGUCGACUCGUUAGACAUCCAACCAAUAGGAACCUGUGAGAGGAAUGGAGACAUGCUGCAGCCACCGCUGGGUUUCAGGAUGAAUGCCUCCUCGUGGCCCAUGUUCCUCCUGCGGACGCUGAGUGGAGCAGAAAUGGCCCCUGCCUCUGCUUUUAAAAAGGAACCAGCCAGCCCAGUUAAAAACUACUUCCAGCCUGGUAUGAAGCUGGAGGCGGUGGACAGGAAGAACCCCUACCUGAUUUGUCCUGCCACAGUGGGAGAGGUCAGAGGUCAGGAGAUUUUCGUCAUGUUUGACGGCUGGCGAGGCGCCUUUGACUAUUGGUGCCCCUUCGACUCCAGAGACAUCUUCCCCGUCGGCUGGUGUGCCCUGACAAAACACAGCUUACAGCCGCCUGGAAAUUUCUUUACCCUCCCUGGUGCACUUCUCGCUCCCGUUUCUUCCACCUCAGCCUCCCUCACUACACGUCGCUCCUCUUCCAACCCCUCCUCCUCCAUGCAGACUUCAUACCGACUGCCCAAUCCCUUGCCACCCCUCCCUGUGCGCAAGGGUGUCCGAGGUCGACGUCCCAAAUCCCAGACUAUUGCUUUGUUGAAGGCAGCGGCUGAGGCUGCGGCGGCCGCAGCAGUAAAUGGAGCAUCACAGAGCCCUGCCAGAAUAAUCUCUGAGGCUCAAUUGGCCCCCAGACCACACAAGAAGAGAGGGCCAAAGCCUAAGAGCAAGAAGAAGCCUCGGCUGGUGCAAUCCCAGGGGUCACCAGCAGUUACAGUUCCACCUCCAGAGACCAGACUGAGCUCCGGACAUGUCUCAGCAGACAACAACCAUAGCAACAGCUCAAAUGUAGUUUGCACAGUGUGUGUCUAUGUGAACAAGCACGGUAACUAUGGCCCGCAUCUGGACAGAAAACUAGUGCAGCAGCUCCCGGACCACUUUGGUCCAGCUCCUGUAAACGCAGUGCUUCAGCAGGCUGUUCAGGCUUGCGUGGACUGUACGUACCAGCCCUCUGUGAUGCUGUCAUUCCUACAGAGCCAGUCCCACACAGGAGGAGAGGUCAUCAGAGUGCGGUCAGAGCAUGGUAUCCGCUACGUGAAGCUGCCCUCCGCCUCCAGUACGUCUUCUGUGCUGCGGUUUCUGGAGAACAUGUGCCAACAUCUGGAGAGUGACAGUCUCUUCAGCUCGCAGCCCUUUAGCCCCUUCAGCAACAACUCGCGCUUCUACAACAGGACCAAGUCAGAACCACUGUCCCAACCUGAGAACAGCCUGUCCAAUGACGAUUCCACAAAGGAUCCCACUCCCAGCACCCGCCCCCCUCACACCGCAUCGGACUACAGAGCAACAAAGAAGGAGCGGCCAUAUUAUCCUGGACACACACACACGCCGCCACCCUUAAGACGGGUCAGCUCCAACCCAUCCAAACUUGGCCAGAUGUGUCCACCCAGACGAGUGGAGGCAGCUAGCUCAACAACAGGCCCAGACCACAUGAAACAGGACAAGGAGGGUUCAGGGAACGACGCCUCCACCUGGUCAGUUGAUGAUGUCAUGCGGUUUGUCCUAGAGGCUGACCCCCAAACUCUCGGCCCGCACGUCGAACUGUUCAGGAAACAUGAGAUUGAUGGCAAAGCUCUGAUGCUGCUGCGCAGUGAUGUCAUUAUGAAGUACAUGGGACUGAAGCUGGGCCCGGCGCUCAAACUCUGUCAUCACAUUGAGAAGCUGAAACAGACCAAACAAUAGAGGAUGAAGGCACACUCUUUUCUCACUGGCAACUUAACACACACACACACACACACACACACACACACACACGCACACAAACACGUACUUUUCUACAGGGAUGUAGUGCAGUGUAAAGCCACCUGAACCAGGGUCAUAGCUAGCAUUGAGGACACCGAGGUCAAGCCCUCUGUAUUUUUUUCUGUGUGUAUUUGGAGGUUGCAGGGAGCUUGCAAGUACAAACUUACACACAAUGGUCAUUUUAUGAACUGAGCCCAGUAUUUUUUUGAAUAAAGCAGUUUAAAUCUGACUACUUUUUGGCCAACAAAUAAAUAUAUCAAUAGUCUCUUAUUCUGGACAGUGUAUAGAAGGUUUUGAAACAGCAUUUAGACCAUCAUGCUGUGAAACAAAAUUAACAGUUAACUGACUAACCAGAAUAUGAAAAAAUCCAUGUAAUGAAACACAUUUGAGAUCUUCUUUUUCAUUUCCAGUCAAAUUCUUUUGAGGGUGGUGUGGUGUACAUCAGGGGACUUAUGGUCUCAGUAUUUCUAAAAUCCUGGCUACGGCUCUGAUGUGAAAUCACAGAUCACAAUUUACUUUUACAUUCAAACAGAUACAUAGUACAUUCAUCAUUUGCAUUAGUGUAAUUGGUGUCAGAUAUCUCAGCAUUUGUUUAUGUUAGUGUCUUUUUGCUUCAUUAUGAACAACUGGAGGCCAUAAUUUAUCAAUCUUUUUAUUUACCAGACAUGCUGUAGGAUUUACAGCUUUAUCUCUUUGGACAUCCGGCUAUUACAGUUUUUUGGUUAGAAUUUCUGGAUGGACACUCUCCUCUCCAGAUUGGAAAAGUUAGUUCAGGUACUGGCAGUGAACGUCUCUCGCUGCUCGCUGUAUCAUUUCUAACAAUGCAAUAAAGUUUUCUGAAUGACUGCGUCUGUUACAGGCUGUUAAAUUUAGUUUAUGCAAGGCAUUGAAUGUAUGACGUUGUGAGCAUUAUUAUUAACAGAUAGAGUUUCAUGCCAAGAUGUUGGAGAAAUCGUUUUGUUUCCUGAAGUCAAUCAUUGCAUGAAUGAUUCCUGUCCUCAAACACUUUUAAAACAUUUUACAUGAUUGUAUUAUGCUUUGACAGUCACAUUAUCAAACACGCACACACACACACACACACACACACACACGAGAUAUACACUUAAAAUGACUGGAAUAAAUGCUGACAAGGCCAUUGACUGUCUAGUUUGAGUGCUGUACAGAACGUUAAAGUGCUCCUGAGAGAGUACAUGAUGGAGAAACUAUUUUGUAUUAAGUCAAGCCAAAAGGUUGUUUUUUUAUAUCAUUUUGUACUGUAACAAAGUGUAUGAACCUGAGCGUAAGUGUAAUCAAAUUUUUUUUCUGCCUGAAAUAGUUUUUGUGUGCAUCAUGAAAUAACUACCUACAGGACAAUUCUGUGUCUGAGUAAUUAUUCACAUGUCUCAAAGUUUUAUCUGUUUUUUCGAUGGCAGAAAUACUAAUUUUCUGAACAUUUCAGAAGCAUUUUCUAACUAAAUCAUGUGUGUUGUAGUUGCAUUCUCACUGUUGCUCUCCUGUAGUGGUAACACGUUGAUACUUGAAACCAUCUUGCUUUAAUGUAAAACUCAGGUUUUAGAGUUGUUUUGUAGAAGAUGUUUUACAUCAUUAGCACGUUGUGUCCAUUACUACGACAUGAUGUAUAUUGUUAUGCCUUGUCAUCUAUCGCUCCGUAGCCUUUCAUAUGUAUAUAUACACAACUUUUUUACUGUAAGUUCAACAAAAAAAUGUUUGUUGAUUAUGUUUGAUAUGCAUUCACACAUUAAACAUUUGUUUACAUCA